GGUCCGCGAGCACACUGUGGGCUCUGGGGCUGAGACAACACAUCCCGAACAAGUCGCUUGCCGUGGACUAAAGAGCUAGCUGCCUGCAGCAUGAAGGCAACAGGCACCUUAGUGCUUCUCAGCCUGCUGCUUCUGUCUUUCUUCUCGGAUGUAGCAGCUCAAGACAUUGAAGAGAUUUGUAAAGAGUUUGUAAACAGGAGCGUGUACUGCACAAGGGAGUCCAACCCUCACUGUGGCACGGAUGGCGUAACGUAUGGGAACAAGUGCGCCUUCUGCAAGGCAGUUCUGAGGAGUGGAGGGAAAAUAAGGUUGAAGCACAUGGGGAAAUGCUGAGUCCUCACCAUCUCCGAGCACCGAACGCUGAUCCCCCUUCAGCGGCGGCCGCAGGCGCCAGUGCCUGGGCAUGGCAGCAGCUUGUCCUUGUCUCCACCGUCUCUGCUCAAUAAAACAAAACUCAGCACAA